AUGGUCGACUUGGAGCCGGGUACAAUGGAUACUCUUCGUGCCAGUCCCUACGGAUCGUUGUUUAAGCCAGACAAUUUUGUUUUUGGGCAAAGUGGGGCUGGUAAUAACUGGGCUAAAGGUCAUUAUACCGAAGGCGCAGAGUUGAUCGACUCUGUGAUGGAUGUAGUCCGAAAGGAAGCUGAGAACUGUGACUGCCUCCAGGGAUUCCAGGCAAGCAGUAUAUGUCUAAUUUUUCUUCAAAAAUUUAUGCUUUAUAUGACUCAAAGUCUUGGUGGUGGGACUGGAUCAGGAUUGGGUACCCUUUUGAUCAGCAAAAUUCGGGAGGAGUAUCCCGACAGGAUUAUUGCUACUUUCAGUGUCGUCCCUAGUCCGAAGGUUUCUGAUACUGUUGUCGAGCCAUAUAAUGCAACCCUCUCUGUUCAUCAGCUAGUCGAAAACACCGACGAAACAUUCUGUAUAGACAACGAGGCAUUGUACGACAUCUGUUUCCGAACUUUGAAGCUGAACAGUCCUAGCUAUGGAGACUUGAACCAUUUAGUAUCAAUGACAAUGUCCGGAGUUACGACAUGUCUGCGUUUCCCUGGUCAGCUGAAUGCUGACUUGCGCAAGCUUGCUGUGAAUAUGGUGCCGUUUCCUAGGUUACAUUUCUUUAUGCCCGGCUUCGCUCCGCUCACUUCUCGGCAGAACAUGGGUUACAGAGCGGUGACUGUUCCUGAACUUACUCUGCAGAUGUUUGACGCGAAAAACAUGAUGGCCGCUUGCGAUCCCAGACAUGGGCGUUAUUUGACGGUGGCGGCCAUAUUCCGUGGAAAGGUUUCAAUGAAGGAAGUGGAGGAGCAAAUGAACAACGUCCAGAACAAGAAUAGCUCAUACUUUGUCGAAUGGAUCCCGAACAACGUGAAAACCGGCGUCUGCGACAUUCCGCCGCGUGCGAUGUUUCGACGACGCGCAUUUUUGCACUGGUUUACUGGUGAAGGAAUGGAUGAACUGGAAUUCACUGAAGCGGAAAGCAAUAUGAGAGACUUGAUAGCCGAAUACCAGCAAUAUCAAGAAGCUUCGGUCGAUGAAGAGGAUUACGACGAAGCUGGCGAAGAUUCAAUGCAGAAUGUCGAACAAGUCGAAGCAUAAAA